UCCUUUGAAACACACUAAAAAACUACCGUUCGAUAAACCUUGUGCAGACACAACAAACGUCAUCCUUCACCGUUGGAUCCCACAAACAGAAUUAGGAUUUGUGUUUCUGAGGAUUCGAAUUAGGGUUUGACGGCGAAUUGCAAAUCGAAUUUAUCCGAAACCACGUUUGUUUCGAUGCUGGUAAAAGGAAGAAAGGUUUCUGGGCGGGGCGAGGCCGUGGCGGCGAACUACGCGUUCGGGCCGCUCGAAGAUGACGUAAUCAUCAAGCACAGACUUCUCACUCGAACCACAACCACAAGAGGCGACCCAUUGAAGAAGCUCCAGAAGAAGUUCACAUCCCUGUUCGUCGAGCUCGACAAGAACGAGGACAACUAUGGCGACUGCGACAAGCAGGCCAAAGCUUUCCUCCAAGAGCUCAGCACCUUCGAGAUUCCGUUCCUCAAGAGCAAAGCGGUUGUGGAUGCGAAUCUCAGAGAGAAGCACAAUUUCGACGAGUUGAGGGAGGAGAUAAAUCGGCAGAUAGUGCAAGCGCAGACCGACAUUGAAUUGCUGAAGAAGCAGCUUGAGGAGAGUAAAAUCGAAAGAAGGCAUAAGGAGGAGUGUGAAGCGAUCAGGAAAAUGAUCGCUACGCAACCGCCUCGGUCCGAAACGCUCAAAAUCAUAUCCGAUUUGGAGAAAGAGAUUGCCGCUUUGGACGCUGAGAACACGGCAAGUUCGAGGAUGCUGGAGCUCCGAAAGAAGCAGUUUGCUCUGCUCUUGCAUGUGGUGGAUGAGUUGCAGAACACCAUAGAGGAAGAGCAGAAGAGUUUGAUUGAGGAGAAAGAGCACAAACACGGAAUGGAGGAUGCAAGUGGGGGCUUGGAACCCAUGCAUGUUGAUUAGAGUAUACAAUGCAUCUCUUGGUUUUGCAGUUGUAAGAUUGUGUUUUUCAUGAAUGGGUUUCUAUCUAUGCAUGAUCUCUCUUGAUUUACAGGAACAGGAAUGCGAGAGCGGUGCUUUACAGAUGCAAUAUGUCAGCGAUAUUUUGAAUUUCUUAAUUUUGUGCAACUUGUAGAUUUUCUUGCAUACUGCUUCACCAAGUUCACAUGAUGGGUAGAACUUUGCCAGAACUACUUUCUGGAUCAAUUUCAAUGUAGUUAAUUGUAUAAGCCUAAUGCUUGUGUACAUUGCAUUUGAGUGUAAUAUUACAGUUUGCAUCCAGAUAAAUAUUGAGAAGUCGGAAA